CCCGCUACCUUUAAAAAAAAAAAAAAAAAAAAGAAAGCUCCGCUGUGUGUAAUUUACGGGGGUUACAAACCUCCGCUACUCUGAAAAAAAGGCGCAAAAUCUAAAAUUUUCCCUCAUCAUAUUUUGCCCAACAUUCUAAAUCUCCGCUCAUUUUAUUUUCGUCUCUCUCUAGAAAGCACUAAACACUCUCUCUCUCUCUCUCUCUCUCAGUUCGAUAUGCCAAAGACUAAGUGUUGGCAGAACUUUCAAAAACCAGUUCAGUCACUACCUACUUCACAAGGUGUAGUACAACCGACGCUGCCAGUUAAGGCCAAUGUACAACCGACCCCGUCAAUUCAGGCAACAAGACGUUUCAAUGUGUCCGGUUGCACAUUGUGACACUCAUUUCAGAUCCCAAAGCAUGAAAUCAGUUCAAUCACUAUCUACUUCACAAAGUGUAGCACAACCGACACUGCCAGUUCAGGCCAAUACACAACCAACCCUGUCAAUUCAGGCAACAAGACGAUCAUUUGAGGCCACAUCAAAGCUGGUUCCGUCAAUUCAGGCAACAGGACGAUCAGUUCAGGCCGCAUCACAAUCGGCUUCAUCAAAUCUGGCCGCAUCACAGUCGAUUUCAUCAAAUCAAGCUGCAUCACAGCCAGCACCAUUCAGGAAACGUGUUGGACGUGUGUCUAAUACACAUUGGACCGUAGAUGCGAUAGAUUCAGACAAAAAUAGAAAGACACUCAGACUGACAAUCAAGGAAGUGCUGAAUUUAUCUAGUGAAGACUAUAUUGUGCUCGAUUUUGAUUACCUGGAUGCUCCAUUUGGAGAAGCACAAGCUCUUCUUGCUGGCUUUUGUGGAAUUUUAGUAGCUGAUUCCUCUUUAUUUCCGAUGCACUUUGAGAAAUGGUCGGAUUUACCUAUAUCAUACUUCGAUCGCGUCUUUGAUCAAAUUAUGAAGCCCCGAUUUUGUUUUCAGACAACCGAGUCAGUUGCACGAAAAUAUGUUUAUGAUUCUAUUUUGAAGAAGUGGAGUGCGAACAGGCUAGACAUAUGGGAAGCGUUCCGUGACCCACUUAAGAGCAAAGCUCAGAUUAUGGAUAAUGUUCCACCUGGAAUUCCACGGGAUCAGUGGACUUCUUAUUGUUAUUAUUGUUUUAAAGAAGAAACAAAGGAAAUGUGCAAAAGGAAUGCUGAAAAUCGAAAGAAACAAACCAUUCCACACACCGGUGGAUCCAAAGUUAACUCUAGAAGAAGGGCUGAAAUGCUGGCUGAGACCGGACAAAUGCCUGGACGAGCACAAAUUUAUCUUGCCACUCAUAAGAAUGAAAAUGGAGCAUAUGUUAAUGAGGCGGCAAAAGAUAUAUGUGAAAAAAUUCAGAUAACUUUGAGUCAAAGCACAGUGGAUGAGUCUGUAGUAUCGCCAGAUGAUGCAGUUGGCAAGGUUCUAGGAAAAGAGCACUCUGGAAGGGUAAGGUGUUUGGGGUUAGGAGCUGUCCCCAGCAGAGGUUUUAAACAAACAAGAUCUCGAUUUGGUGGUAUGAGUUCUUCAAGGAGUGAAGGUUCAUGUUCGUCCCAUUGUCAAGAAAACUACAAUAUUUUGUUGAAUGCUCACAAAGAAAUGGUGAAUAAUCACAAUCAAGUAAUGAAUGCUUUGAAAACAUAUAUGAUAAUGAAAGAAGGGAUGUUACCAGAACAAUUUGCGGGGUUAUUUCCUUCUCCUACAACGCCAAGUGAUGCGGUAAGUGCAUCUCGUUCACCCAUGGAUGCAAGAAGAUCUUAUGGUGUUAGUAAUCGUAGUGACAACCCUUGAAGUUCCCUGUAAUCGUAUUAGAUGAUUAAUUACGACAAUGUAAUUGGUGGAUCGGAUGUUAGAAUGGUUGGAGUGAAUGAUGUGCUAAAUUUAGUUUGUAAAACUAACGAUACUACUUUAUGAUAAUAAUUUUGUGUUAAAAAAAUAUGUUGUUAUUUCUUAUUAA